AUGUUCAGCAUCACAAACGCCGCUGGAGGGGAGGCUAUCCCCAGGUCCGCUGCCCACGAGGUGGCUGACUAUGAGCAAGCUGUAAAGAACCUGGUUGCAGAGACGUGGUGCAAUUGGCCCAACUGGGCCGGGUUCACUGGUCUUCGCGAAGAACGUGGGCCUUUCCGAUGUACUGUCCAUGGCAACAUUCCUGCCUGGGCGGCUGGGACUUUGUUCCGAACUGGCCCCGGUUCCUGGCAAAUCGAUGACACUCCAAGCGGUACUCUCCAGUUUGGACACUGGUUUGAUGGUCUAGCCCACACCCACCGGUUCGACAUCAUCUCAUCCGGUGAUACUGGAGGUGUCGCAGUACUUUACUCGUCUCGCCAUCAAUCUCAAGCAUACGUGAAGUAUAUUCAAGAGCACGGUCAGGGGGACGUUUUCACCUUCGCUCAGCGUCGUGACCCCUGUGUUGGGAUAUUUGGCAAAAUGAUGAGCAGUUAUGAGCCUGCAAAAGCCAAGGACAGUCAGGCCAAGGACCGUCCAACUGACGAGAUUAAGAAUAUUUGCGUCGCCCUUCACGCAGACGUUCCCGGUCUUGCCUCUGCAACUGAAAAUUCUGUCGAAAAUCAGGAAUCCUUUGGUCAUCGUGGGAUGCCAGGAACUGUAUGGAUCACUAGCGAUAACUCCAAGAUGCGUCGAAUCGACCCUGAGACUCUCGAACCGCUCGGAACCGUUAAUCAGACAGCCUUCCACCCGGAUCUGAAGGGCCCCAUAUCUUGCACUCAUGCUCAGCGUUGUCCUCGUACCGGAGACUUUUUCAACUUCAACCUCGACCUGGGUAGUGACGCAGCCUAUCGUGUGUUUCGCGUCAGCGCCGCCACCGGCAGUACUGAGAUCUUGGCAACCAUCGCUAGCUCGGAUGUCAAGCCGGCGUACAUCCAUAGCUUCUUCCUGACGGAGCACUUUGUCAUAUUGUGCAUCCCCAGCACACAUUUUCUCGAGGGUGGUCGCAAAGUUAUGAUGGAGCGCAAUAUUCUCGAUGCCAUUGCCCCGUUCGACAAGUCACAAACCCGUCGUUGGUUAGUCGUUGAUCGUGUCAACGGAAGGGGCGUUGUCGCCGAGUUCGAAAGUGACGCUGGCUUUUUCUUCCAUAGCGUCAAUUCCUUCGAGACAACGACCGAGUCUGGAGCAGUUGACGUGUUCUGCGACGUCGUCGAAUAUCCGAAUCAGGAUAUUCUCCGCAGUUUAUACUACGACGUGCUGAUCAACCGCAAUCGCGAGGGCUCCAAAUUCUGGGGCGAUGAGAGCAAGGGUCGCGGUUCUCUGAUUCAGCUGGUGCGCUACAAACUCCACGUUCCAUUGUUUGAUACAGCCGCCAGCACCCCACCAGCCAAACAGUUGAAGGUCCAGCGAGCCGAGCAGCAGUUGGUCAUUCGUAGUCCACACGCUGGUGAACUGGCCUCCAUCAACCCGAACUUCAACACCCGCCGCCAUAGGUACAUGUACAGCCUAUGUAACCGGGGUCUAAGCACCUUAUUCGAUGGCAUCGUGAAGACUGAUAUUGACACGAGGGAGGUAUGUUUUUGGGGUAACCCCCGGGACAUACUCCUGGUGAGCCCAUUUUCGUGGCUCGUCCGGGUGGUUUAG